AUGGGCUUUCUCACUCUGGCCCGCAAAGCCUCCUCGGGCUUCUCAAUCAAGAGUCGAGGUGGUGACACAGACGCUCGUUCUCACCAGACGGAGACGAGCGCGGUGCCGUCGUCUGCAGGCGAUUCGACUUCUGUUAGCAUACCGUCGUCCCGUAGACCGAGACCGCGAGGAAAGAACUCCUUCACGAGCAGAUUCUCAGGUCUCGAAUUCUCGCUCAGUGCCUUGACAAAGGCAGAGGGCGUUCCCAUUCCCGGCGUCGAGCUGCAAACGGACGCAGUAGACACAGCUGAUACAAAGUCUGUCAGUCCUUCCUUCCUGUCUGCAAGAUCAUGGAAUCAACCUGGUCUUGAUCCGCCUAAUCUGCCUGUCAAAGCGGCUUCUGAUUGCGAGGCGAGUAUGGGCCACAGCAAGCGAGCCUCAGCCUCCCGCAUCUCUGUGAGGCUACGCACACUCUCUUCAGCGCAGAAGCGGCCACGUACAACGACGAGUGUCUCGCUGCGUGAUCUCCUCGGCAUCCGCAAGACUGACGGUAAGGAAGUCAAAGGUGAUAGUGAGCCACCGAUGCCAAGUCCGCCUCGUCAUAUCGAACGGCCAAAGUGUCUUUCGAGGAUGCCUUCGCCACCUUUGCCUAUACCGACUGUACAGCUCAACAGUCCGAGCUCUGCGACCGAGCUCAAUAUCGGCUCUCCGACGCUCGUCCAAGAUGCGAAACAACUGCAAGCUGCAGACAUGUCUGACAUCAUGAAGCGAGGUCUCAUUGCAGCUCAAUUUACCCAGCCGAAGGCCAAAGCUGCAGACGCGCAGCGCGUCUCGCGCGAGAUCGAUAUCACCAUCACCGCUUCGGCUCCCGAGAGAUCGCUCGCCUCGCCACGAGAGAGCUCUGCAUCCAGCACACGUGCGUCUCCGACCUCGCUCAUGCAAGCCACACAAUGUGCAAUGCACACGCCCUCGCCCAAGACCGGAUGGCUUGAGCUCGAUUCCAAUGCGACGGUUGACAAUAGCGACCAGAGCGAACGAGCGACGAGCGAGACCAAACCAACUAAGCGUCGUACGAUGACGACGCUUAGCAUGUUCGGCUCGUCACGUACCCCGCUGAUUGGUGAUCUGCCACCUGUACGCUCUGCGACAGGCUCGACGCUCACUUCCGAGACCGAUCAAUUUGAGAGCAUCUCGAAGCCUCGCUUUCAAGGAAACCUGGCGGAUGUACGGCCUGUAUCUGCCGUGCCGUCCAUGACCUCGGUCUCGUCAGCCAGCGGUAUAAGCAGCAAGCGCUCCGCUAGCGAGCGCAAAGUCAAGCGUGUACCACCGCCGAAGCUAGACGAUGAGGGACCUGCGCCACUGAGCAACAUGCCUAUGCUCGAAAGCCGCGAUAGCUUGAUAAGCGAAUCGACGCAUGGCUACUCGACCGAGACUUCUCAGGCGCUCAAUGAUGACGGUCCCAUUCACGACAGUCCUUCUACGAACGAGAGCGAUCUCAUCGAUAUGCUCAGGACCGAGUCGGAUGCAGCUGUACAGCGAGUCACAAGCCUGCGCUCCAGCAUAGCGCUCAGUAAGAUCUCGCUGCAUAGCUCACUUACUUCGCCAGACAGUACGGCUGAAAAUAAGCAGAGAUUGGCGAACGCGCGUAAACCUAGUCCUCAGCGACCGCUCCCUCUACAGCUGCCGCCUCCGUCCUCAGUCUUUGAGAGCACAGCACGUCACUCGCGUCGCGAGAGUUCGAGCAGCGCUUCGCUGGCAUAUGCGCGCAGCGACAAGCUGCCCUUUGGACACUUUUCAAAUGACAGUAGAUCUGCUACGACAAAGUCUGUCUAUCAGGCCGCAGCUGCCUUCGACAUCAUCGCAGGUGAUCGGGCGGCAGGGACUAUCACUUUUGCGGGCUCAACGGCAAGCCUCUCUCCCGAAUGCGAAUCAGCCGUCAGCAAGGCACAGUCGAUGGCCAGUCUCUCGCGCUCGAUGAGUGCCAGCAAACGCAACAGUGUAGCGAAGCAAACAAGUGCGAUCAGACGGAGCGCAACGCAGCCAAAGGCUAGACCUGCCGCAAGUCUGACUUACAAGUCAAAGCAAGAGGACAGUGCCAAAACUACGCCACCAAGAGCACCUUGGGCAGAUGGCAGUGCAUCUCAAGCCAUCGAAGAGCCAAAAGCCUGGCGCAGUCAACUUGAAGAAUCAAGUCGUCUUUUCACGUGCGCGCUGAAGGUCGGCCUAUCUGCCUCAACGCCGACAGCCUGGCGUGCAUACAAUUCUGCCGAUUGCACUGCACCCAAGGCAUGGCAGGGUGAGCUCCUGCAAUUCUACACAGGGAAGAUACGAGAGCGCGACUUGCUUGAGCCGGAAGUACAGAGACAUAUCCAGGCACGGCUUUCCAAGCUUGCAUUUCCUUCUGGCGCGAGCAUCGUCAAAGCGACGGAUAUGCGUCCCAGGGAGAUCGGACUCUUCCAGUUUGACAUACCUAAAGAGACUAUGCCGACUUCGCCGGUCAGUCAUAUCCUGAGUGCCAGCAUCUCGACACCUUCACACAAGCGUGCCGCGCGGCGGACAAUCUAUGCUGGCGUCUAUCGCGGCUGGAUACGGGCGACCAACGACGAGAUGAUGGCUUUCCAGUCAUCAUUGCAAGCUGGCGAGCUGGACGCAGAGACAAUGCAGUACCUCAGCCAGCGACUCGUGCAACAAUCUCGAGAGCUGAUGGCUGGUGAUGACUCUGAUGAUCCGCAAAUACCGCCACCUACUGCUCAUGGCACACUCAUGCCCGGUCAAGCGUACAAGUCUCGCCCGCAGGCUUCACAUCUGUCUGGCGUCCUCGAGCUGUGGCUUCCUCGAGCAUGCAUUUACUGCAGUGAUUAUCCUAUCUUCGACACUCUGGUGCUGUGUGCAAAGUCAAGCUUCGAAGAGGAUCUCAAAAGCGCUCAGCAGCUCAUGCAGACACCAGUGCCACUACCAGGCACAAAGUUUCUCGUCGCGCCGCCAGGUCGUGGCCAAGCGUUUUCUGCCCAGAUGCCAGCUCUUGUGGGUCUCAAAGGCGGCAACAAGGCUCUGCCAGAACUUGACUUCCAACCAUGCUCGAUGCUCUCCAUGCUCUCGAUUGACGCGCUCAUCACAAUUGCCGAAGUUGCAUCGGCGCAAGGUCGCGUACUCUUCAUUUCGAAAGAUCCUGCAAUCCGAGACCUAGCCGUCCUGACCUUUCAGCGCAUCACAGCAGUUGCAGACUGGGACGGUCUAGCUUGUUCCAUCAUCCAUCCGCGCGAUCUUCAGCAGUACUUGCUCGACCCCGGAGCUUGGCUGUACGCUAUCGACGAAAGAACGGCGCAGACUGUUGCACUUAUCGACGAGCUCGAUUGUCUGAUCGUCUGGCUCGACACGUGCGUCCUUAAAUGCUCUGCUGGGUGCAUGCCACUCGUCUCUCGCGGCAUUGCACGAGAUCGCAAGAUAGCCGAGCUCGAUAAGACAUGUCAACAGCUCGGAGGUCCAGCUUCUUUGUCGCGCGAGCUUGCCUCAGAGCAGAGCGAUCGCAAUGCUACAAGACGAGGCCAGGCGUGCAAAGAAGUCUGGUACUCGCGACAGUACAUCAUCAUCGGUGCGCUGGAACGCCUGGUCGAGCAGAAAGCAGCCAUGGUGCCUUCACGUGUCCGCUCACUCUUCAGCAAAGCCCCUACAAUCGAUAGUGUCAGUCAGAUUGGCAAGCGGAAAACCGAGCUCGGUCGGCUUUUGGGGGCUGCAGCAAUCGAUGAACGCGAUCUGGCCUUUCUCAGCGCGCAAGAAGAUGCUCAGAUGGCUGCUGUAUUGACGAUCAACUGUCGAGAGCUUCAGCAAGCUCAACGUGCCGUACUGAGCCUCGCAUCGCGCUACACAAACGAGCACCAGAACAUUCAGCGGUUGCAAGAGGAAAGCCGAGCAGCCGUCGCUGCUGCUAAGGAAGACAAGCGCCGCGCCAACCGAGAAGCCGAGCACUCUCAGAAGCUGGUCAACGAAGAACGACUGGCUCGUCUUGAAGCCUUGCGUCAGCUUGCCGUGGAAGCCAAUGCUAAAGCAGAGCUCCAAUCUGCCAAUGCUGCCAUCUUGCAACGCGUCCGGAAGAUCUUGUCGGCCAAAGAGCAAUCUCACAUCUUCGACAAUGUGGCCAGUUUGUGCGACGAGACUGCAUCGAUUCUAAGCAGUGAAAGCGAAGUAUCUCGUCGACCUCGUGCUGCUGAGCUCACUAUUGACUCUGACGCCGAUGGUGCUUCAGACGGCAACAGUAGUCGACUCGCUACCUCGGUCUCUCUGAAAAAGAAGCACGGCGCUAUUCGAGAGACGCUAAGGCGCGUAUCUAUGGAUCUUCACGCUGUACUGCGUGAUGCUGGAGCUAUCGACAGUAUGCCACAAGAGUCCGGACCAGAGAAUACUUCGACGAUCAUCUCGAUAGGCUCAGGCAAUCGUCGCGCUUCCUCUGCCAUUAGCACCAAAGCUUCAAAGGCAUCCCUACGAUCGCGUCGGCGCAGCGGGGUAAGACAACAGUCUGCGCGAGAGCGCAUGCCAUCGACCGAAGGCCUGCGUGCUGCGCAUAUGAAGCAAAGUGAUCAAGGCGAUGCACUCAAAGCGAACAACGAAGCCUUUGAGGCUCGUUUGGACGAAUGGCGCAAGUCUAUCGAUCCAGAUCCAGAUACAAAUCCUGCCGUGUCAUGA